CCUGUUCCGGCGCGCAGCCUGCGGUGGAUCCAAAGUAGUCCCAGGGUAGAGCUGGAGCGCAGCCCGGGGCAAGAUGGGGGCUGCGGAGUCUGAAGUGGAGGCUGCAGCCCGAGAGGCCCUGGCCAAGGUAGCAGACAUCCUGGAGCCUGUAGGUCUUCAGGAGGAGGCUGAACUGCCUGCCCAGAUCCUGGCUGAAUUUGUGAUGGACUCUCGGAAGAAAGACAAGCUCCUCUGCAGCCAGCUUCAAGUAGUAGACUUUCUGCAGAAUUUCUUGGUUCAGGAAGGCACUGCCCAGGACCAGAACCCUUUGGUUUCUGAAGACACAAGCCGACAGAAGGCAAUUGAAGCUAAAGAGCAAUGGAAAGAGCUGAAGGCCACCUAUCAAGAGCAUGUGGAGGUCAUCACAAAUUCCCUGACCCAGGCACUGCCCAAGGUGGAGGAGGCCCAAACAAAGCAGGCACAGCUCCAGGAAGCCCUUAAACAGCUCCAGACCAAGAAGCAAAUGGCCAUGGAAAAACUCAGAGUAGCCCAGAAGCAGUGGCAGCUGCAACAGGAGAAGCAUUUGCAGAAUCUGGCGGAGGCUUUGUCAGAAGUGAGGGAGCGUCAGACAGGAACUCAACAGGAACUUCAACAACUAUAUCAGGAACUUGGAACUCUGAAGCAACAGGCAGGGCAGGCGCAGGACAAGCUGCAGAGGCACCAGACCUUCCUCCAGCUGCUAUAUACUCUGCAGGGUAAGCAGCUAUUCAAUGAGGCAGAGGCAGAGAUACCACAGGAGCUGGAUCUUCCUAAGGAUAAGCCCCAGCAGGUCACCCAGCCCCAGGAACAGAACACUCAGGACACCAUGGGAAGAGAGGCCCUAAUUUGAAAUGAACUGGAGCUGAAGAAAUGGACUUAACUGACCAAUCACUGGCUGCUUAGAGCAUAAUGAGAACGAACAAGUGGUGAAAAGGUCAAUAGGAUGAUUUCAAGGUUUGUUACAACAGAGUAGCAAACUGAAACAGUAAUAAAAUAAAGAGCAAUAGUGAAAAAGUAUAGAGCCCCGCCCCCCCCCUUCUCGCUAUAUUGGCCUGUGAUAUGUGAGUUAGUAUUUCUAUUUGUGCUGGUAUGUUUGUGUUUCUAUAUUUUUAUUUGUUUCUUUCAUUCUCCAAUCCUCUAUGUGUCUGUCACUGAAGGUAUGAACAGUGGUAUCACUACUGUGUUUGAGGAAGUGAUUACAUCCCUGAUUUUCUAAAUCUGCAGCCUAUACUAAGAUGUCCUAAUGAUAUAUUCCUGAUACAUUUUUUGUGUUCUACUGUUUUUUUUUACUUGACCCAUCCUUUCAGAUUGUCAUUCGUCUUCAAAUGUUCGAAUACUGAAAGACUGGCUUUUGUGAUUCUCUGUUGUAUGUUUUGUUCUGGUUCAUUGAUUUGAAGUAGUAUCUUGAUCAUUUUCUGGUUUCUAUUUUUAGGUGAAGAAUAUGUUUUGAUUUUUUUUUUUUUGGUAAACUUUUUAUCAGGUAAUAAACUUGUGUAUUUGGAUCUUUAUUUGUUUUCUCAAAUAAACAUUUAAAGUUGUCA